CACAAGACAGUGACGACGCCAGGUGCCGGCCUGCAGCCCAGCAACACAGCACCAAGGAAAGAAUGUCUCCACUGUUCCUCUGCCUCUUCUCCUCGUUUCUUAUAUUCACCCAGUCCAUUGGGUCUCCAGACACUUGCCUAGUAAACAGAAAGCAGAAGUUGACUGCCAGCCCUGAGCCCGGGCUGACCAAGUGCCAGCAGUAUUCGAGCUAUUCAUGCUGCUCUCAGGAACAUCUAGACGCAGCUUCUUCUGUCCGCUUCCCCUGGUCAGGCUGUGGAUCCCUCAGUUCUAGGUGUGAGGAAUACGUCAGCCGAGUGCAAUGUAUGUAUCUCUGCUGUCCACACAUCUCCAAAUGGAGUCUCCCUGGCUCUGCUGCUGGAAUCCAUGAGCUGCCCCUCUGUGAUACCUUCUGUGAUAAAUGGUAUGACGCAUGUAAAGAAGAUUUAAUAUGUUCAGAAACUAUAGAACUCAAAAGAAACUGCAGCAAAGGCUGCAUCACAUACAAACAGAAAUUUAGAUCAGGAGAUCAGAUGUGUGACACCAUCUGGAAACAUUCGUUUGUAACAAUGACCGAGCAGUGCUUCUGCAUCACCCCACCAGGAGAAGGAGCUGAUGCUGCACAGCUAGGCUCCACCCAUGCAGAGCUAGACCACACCCAGGAAGGGUCAUCCGGAUAUCCAGAGAUGUGUUUUCAGGACCCUCACAAUAUUCCACGGGUGAAAAGAGCUUUGCGUAAGAGAAGUGUCCAACUAGAUCUGGAUGGUAGUGGCAGCGGUAACGGCGUUUAAUGGAAACCAGGUUCCUUGUUGCAGUCUCACCCACCUCCCCAUUUCCUUCCCCAAUACCAUUCCCCUAAAAGACCUUCGCAUUGCCUAAAGUUUUACCAAAGUUGAAGACAAGAUAGACCUGACCGGACUCCAGCAGCAGAACCAAGACACAUCUCUGCAAGCACAAUCACAGCCAAAGAGCUUUUAAUCAUACAUGCCAAUGCUCUGUGUGACCCCCCUAUUGCCCAUUCAUGGACUCCCCCCCCCAAGCAAUCUCUUUGAUCCUAAAUUUUCACCAGCGAGCAGAGGUGGCCUGUAAAAUGAUGUUUGGAGGGACGUACAUACCUCCAUCAAAUCAGAAAAUAUUAAUAAACACAUAUAUAAUUGAAGUAUGCUUCUGCCAAGCUUGGUCUUUUUCUAGCAAGCCGCGUCAGACAUCGCACAGUGAUCCUGGUGGGAACACCCCGGACUCAUUGACCUCAUGAUGGGGCUGGAUGUGCAUAGAGGUGCUAAUUAAAAUGGCAGAUUUUUUUCCGUGGGACAACCCCCUUAAUUCUGUGGGCCACAGUUACGCCAGUCUAAAUAUAGAUAGUUGCAAGUUUAGCACAUGAGACCUGAAAAUCAGAAAAUUAAAUCCAAGCCGACUGUGAGCAAAAUAUUUGCACCAUCUUCUGGCUCUCUUCUCUAGACUUGUACCUAUGAACCCGGCU